AUGUUAAAUGAUAACGACGCAAUUAAUUGCCGUUAUACUUUAAGUUUAAAUUUUUAUUUUAAAAAUAAACUUAAAAAUUUUUCUUUAAUUAUGGAGGAAGAAAGUUUAAGACUAAGAAAAGUUUUUAAAAAUGAGAAAACUUUUUUAAAAAAUACAUCAACUUUUUCUGACAAGACAGCUACAAAUAAUUCAGUACCCAAUUAUAUUGGGUUUUUUUAUAAUUAUGAAAAUUAUUUCCCAGACCAAAUAAAAUUGAAGGAUGCACAUUUAUAUCCUGGAAGAUUUAUCGGAGAAAGAGCUGAAAUGCAAUUAAAAAGACUGACUGCUUUGGGAACUAGAGUUACUGGAAGCUAUGAAAAUGAAGUUUUAGCAGUUGACUUUUUAAACAGAGAAAUUUCUUAUAUUGUUCAAGAAGCUGAAAAAAUACAUAAAAUUGAAAUUGAUGUACAAAAACCGACUGGUUCUUAUUUUCUGCUUUUGAAACCAUUCGGUUUUCGAAAUGUAUAUGCUAAUUUACAAAAUAUUAUUGUUAAAAUAAGUUCUAGAAAUACAAAUAAUAGUAUAUUAAUAAAUUGCCAUUAUGAUACUGUUCCAGAAAGUCCUGGUGCAAGUGAUAAUGGCUUAAAUUGUGUUGUCAUGUUAGAAAUUUUAAGAAUAUUAAGCACUAGUAAAAAACCUUUAAAAAAUAAUAUAAUUUUUCUAUUCAAUGGAGGUGAAGAAAAUCCCCUUCAAGCAUCUCACGGUUUUUCAUCUCAACAUAAAUGGAGUAAAGAAGUCAAGGCAGUAAUAAAUUUAGAUUCUGCUGGUAGUGGAGGAAAAGAAAUUUUAUUUCAAACUACUGGGGAGUCAUGGCUGAUAAAAGCAUAUAAAAACGCGGUACCUCGUCCCUGUGGAACGGUUACUGCAGAAGAAGUAUUUCUCUUUGGCAUCAUACCUUCUGAUACCGAUUUCAGAAUAUUUAGAGAUUUUGGAAAUUAUUCUGGUUUAGAUUUUGCUCAUGCCUUCAACGGUUAUGUUUACCAUACAAAAUAUGACACCAUGGAUUUCAUUAAACCUGGUGUUUAUCAAUAUACAGGAGACAAUAUGCUUGCUUUGAUAAAUGAAUUAUCCCAAUCUUCAGAACUUGAAACAAAUCAUGAAAAGGCCAAACCAGUUUACUUUGAUGUUUUCAAUUUGUUUAUGAUUUAUUACGAUAGCACGUUUGCAAUUAUUUUAAACAUGGGAACCGUUAUUUUGUCUUUAUUUUCCAUUUACAAAACCUGCAAAUGUUUACCAGAUUAUCCGAAUUCCCAUAUGAAAAAUUUUUUGCUAUCUGUUGGAGGAGCAUUUCUUUCUUUUAUUUUAGCUGGUGGUUCUGUACUUUUAAUUUCUAAAAUUUUGGAUUUGACCGAAUCAACGAUGACUUGGUACCUAAAAUCAUGGAUUAUAGCGCCAUUAUACGGUUGUCCCAUAAUUUUUUCGAUGGCUCUUCCAUUUUUCCUUCAAACAUUUUCAAAGAAAGAUUCUCCAGGACACAAAUGUAUUCGUUACAUAAAUGGAGGUCAAUUUAUUUGGACUCUUAUAAUUUUUUUCGGUACCCUAUUGGAAAUUCGUUCCGUUUUUAUUCCCAUGCUUGUUCUUUUACCAUUAUCCGUUACUCAUUUAAUAUCUACAAUGUCCAAAACAAAAUUUUCAAUUAAAUUUUAUUUGUUUACUCAUUUCGCAUGCCUUAUUUUACCAAUUUUUUACAUUUUUCAUUUAACCGUUAAAAUAAUGGCAAUACUUAUUCCAAUGACUGCAAGAAUGGGACCUCACACAAAUCCAGAAAUUUUAAUUGGAGCUUUGACUUUAAUUUGUACAACCAUAUUGUUUAGCCAUCUUGUUCCUUUGAUACUACUAUUAAAAAGUUCUAAAAGUUUUCUUUCUAUAUUAUUUGCCGUACAUAUUUUUACCAUUUUUGGUGUUAUUUACACCAAUCACGGAUUUCCCUAUAGUGAUAAUCAUUGCGAAAGAACAUUUUACGAUGCUAAAGGCUCAGUUGUAAAAUCCGAUUCUGGUUUUUUUGUUCAAAGUUUGGAUCGUAACAACCUUAAUUACAUAUCUAAAGUUAUUCCAGAAUUAGAAAGUGCACGCGUUAGCCAUUUUAACUGUCGAACAGAACUUUUUUGUGGUUUUCCCGUAUACACAUCGAGAUUUGUUCGACCGGCAGCGUACAGUGUUUUUAUUCCUGCCGACCCACCGUUAAUUCAUCAUCCGACAUCAUUAGAAAUCGUUAAUCAAACUCAAAUAUUGAUUAACGUUAGAAAAAUCAGAAUAUUAGUUACAGGUCCCGAUCAUAUUACCCUGGUCAUGUCUCCGAAACCUGGAAUUAAUCUCAUCAAUUGGAGCUUUGAUGAAUCUGAGCCCAAAGAAAUUGAAAGAUGGAACGAUAGGCCGACUUACAUGAUUUACUAUUCUCACGGUCUUAUGGGAGGCUCGUUAGAAUUCGAUGUCGAUUUACAAAUGAAUCAAAAUGAUUUAAAUCCCGUUAUGGAUAUAGCCGUUAUAGGGCAUUACAUGCACGAUAAAUCUUAUCGGACAAAAGAAUUUUUAAAUUUUCUGUCAAAGUUUCCAAAGUGGGCUCAUACAACGCCAUGGACUACAACGUAUAAAAGCUGGGUUUUGUAG